ACAACCUGAGCCAGCGACGCAGUUGAAAGGAGAAACACCGGGACAAGGAGCAGACACAGGGCGAAGUGUCUACAGGGAGAAGCUAUCGAUAAGAGGGGCAUUUAAAUAAGACAGAUCGGCUAUUUGCAGUCAAGUGAAUCGCGCCGGGAUGAGAGUAAUCUGACUUUUGCAGCGGAGCAGAGAAUUACGCACGAGCGCGCUAUUCCAAGGUGAACCAACUUUUACGCACGGACCGUUGGAGAUGCGGGGUUUCAAUUUAUGAGGAAAAUGUUGCAUUAUUGUUACAUUUAACUGCGAUUUUGGAACUAGAGCUCCUAAUCUGACCAUUUUGGACUGGGUUUUUGCCGGAAAGUGGACGCAUCGAUCACUUUGGCACAAUCAUUUUGAAAAAUCACACGUUUGGAGACAUUCUUGGAAUCGCAGUGGGGGCUUAUUGGGACUCUUUCUCUUACACUGCAGCCUUCUUGAUCAUAACACUCUGCAUUACGCACCUGCCCCCACAAUACCCUUGACGUCUCCUUUUGAGAGUUUUCAAAACAGCGUUAUGGACAGAGUCAGACGUCUAGCCUGCGUGUGAGUCACCGUGAGCAAACAUUCGGACAAGCGGCGCUCAGAGGCAGUGACACACUUGGGGAUAUUUAACAGUGCGUGCCUUGCACAAGCGGCAAGCACACGACACCGGGACGAGGCUCGGUGCAGCCGGGGGAUUGGACGCCGAGGUGCUAAAUGCCCAGCCGGUCGCUUGCGGCUCCUCAGGCUGGGCGGCAACAUGAGGUCCUGGGUCCUGCUGCUGCUGCUAGCUGCGCUCUCAGCAGUCCGUCUGCGGCUUGGCAGCGCUGAGAGUGAUCCGCUCCCCUCGUCGCUGGUCGACCUGGUGAGGAACUCUCCCAUCUCCUCCGUGGACGACCUGAAGCUGCUGCUGCAGCAGGAGACAGAUGCAAUAGAAGAGGAAGAAGACGAGCAUGAUAUUCUAACAAACCACACCCAUGGGCGAUACACUAGAAGUCUUGUUGAGGCGCAGCCAGCCCAGCAGGCGGUGUGUAAAGUUCGGACAGAGGUGAUGGAGGUUACGAGGUCCAUGCUGGACCGCCGAAAUGCCAACUUCCUGUUGUGGCCGCCGUGCGUGGAGGUGCAGCGAUGUUCAGGUUGCUGCAACACCAGGAUGCUGCAGUGUGUCCCCACCGUUACCUCCAGCAGAUACCUGCAGGUGAUAAAGAUCCAGUACAUAAACAGGAAAGCCCACUAUGACAAAGCCAUCAUCUCAGUGGAAGACCACGUAAGCUGCAGGUGCCAACCUUCUACAUCUUCCUCGUCCUCCUCAUCCUCGUCUGUUCCCGUCCCUCGCACCUCCGUUCAGACCAACCCUAACCCGCCACCACCUCCACCGCAGCAGCCUCCCCCUUCCUCCCACCUUCCUUUGCCCCUCCCCCGGACCGUCCACCCUGCUCCGCCAAAGACUCACGCUUCCAAGGCCGACCUCCAUCGCCACGAUGAUUUGAAGCACAACCAGCAGCACUACCACCCCGAGGAACGUGAACCGGUGGCGAGGCAGUGGCAGCAGGGCAGUUACACCCAGCUGGUGCACUGGACGCAGCCCAGGGUGCACCAGGCGCCGACACAUGUGCAGCCGGGGGCGCACCAGCCCAUCGUCGGGGUGCUAGGGCCGGUCAGCAGCUGGCCGUCUGAAGCGAGGGCGGAGCAUAGUGUCAUGGGAGGUACACCGCAGGUCGGGCACGGGAGCGGGUAUGACGGGAGCAGGGAGGAGAGUAGCGUGCAUGUCACAACCAGCGGUGGAGAAGCGCAUCAUCCAGAUCACAUGCAGAGGCAGCAACAGUUGUUACAGCAUCAGCAAAGACAGCAGUUUCAGCAGCAGUAUCAGUAUCAUCAUCAGCCACAUUAUCCGCAGCAGUUCAACCACGGAGGAGCGGACGACAAAGAGCUGAGGACACAAUAUCGACUCAACACCCCCCAAUCAGACAGCGCCUCUCCCCCCGAUAGCCCAACCCAGCUGCCAAAAUUUGCAGAAAAACCCACCCGUCCUAUGACCACCAUUCAGAAAGACUCAGUGACCAGCCAAAAAAUUACACAGGUCACACAACAGAAACAGACUGAGACUGUAACAAGCAGUCAAAAAGAAGGGAGCGAGAGGGAGGAAAGUGGGUCGGCGAAUAGUGGGGACUCUGCAUCCGUAGAGCUGGCCAAUCAGGGGAAGGGAAAAGACUCAAAACUGACCAGUGAGGUUAGUCAUUUAACAGAGGAGGAGAGGAGACAGAAGGUUCUGGAGAUGAUACAGAGGGAACCUGAAGGACAGCCUCAUCUUCAUCCACAUCAUCCCCAGCAAAGACCAAAGCCGACCACAUUUAAAACAGCCCUCUCCACUGCGGCUCCCAUCCCGCCCGCAGCACGUCAGGCCCCGUUCCGUCCAGCCUCGCCUCGCCGCAGGAGGAAACAUCGCAAACGCAUCAGCAAAGCAGCCAUCAGAGCCAUGAUCAUGUAGAGCUGCAGGAAAUGGUGAAGCGAACCAAAAGCCAGACAGAUUGCACCAAAGGAAUAUGGAGGCAAGAAACAUGGGAUUGUUGAAUGUGGGAUGACUGACUCUGACUCUGGACAGACGCUGAGGAGUCGAAAGAUGUGACGGGACAUGGCUGCUUUUUUCAAGGGACAGCUUCAGACAAAGUCACCUUUCCUGCUCCAGAGCUGCCGCAGAGUGUCCAGCUUCAUGGAUAUAAUAAAAGUGCAAUCUUAUAAACUCAUCGGAAUGGAUACUUGUCACACUAAACACUGGAUUUCAUCUGAUGAACCAUAAACCCAUUAAAGUGGAUCGAUGGAAGCUGGUGGAGACUGGUGGUCUCUUAUUGCAGUUGGCAGCCAUUGAUUGGCUGCCUAAACACUUUUGACUUCUAGCUCAACUACUGAUUGGUCCACAGACAGACGGAGAACUUGACUUUGACAUGGACUAAGAAGUCAUUAUUGGGGGCUAAACCUCAAGCUCGAGAUGAAUCGGAAAACGUGCAGAACUGGAUUUCUACACUGGGACGAUAACUGGAAACUGGAGAGUGCAGCUCAGGCCUCAAUGCCAAACAUUACUGUUGUCCUUCAAUGUCUGAAUCUAACUUUAUCUAACACUGGAGUAGCCAUACACUGAUCAUACUGCAUUGACUAGAGAAGUGCUCUACCGUGUACUGUAGCUUAAUGUACUGGAAAAUAUCGAUAACCUGCUCAUUUUGUACUACUGCCAGAUCAAAAUGGAAUAACAACCAAAUGCCUGCCUAGAUAACAUGCUAUGAAUAUCCACAUUAAAGCAAGUCUUAAAAGACCUGGCUUUUAGAGAUCGCUGUGAGCCAGUUAUAGCCAACACUGUAUGUAUAAAUGCUUUUAGAAAACGAUUUCUGGGAGGGGUGGGGAGAAAAACUUUAUUUCUUAACUUAUUUAAAAAAGGAGGAUAUGAAGUCCUCCAGUUCUCAAGUGUAAUUAUUGUUGCGGACAUGUUUCAGAUUAUAAUUAUUGGUUGUACAACUGUUACUGUUAUGAAUGUUAUUUUUAAUAAAAAAUAAAAAUGUU